GCAGCAUACUUUUAAUUAUGUAAUUAAUAGUGAAUGAAAAAACGCCUAUUCUUGUUAGCGCGAUUGCGUUCACGCGACAAAAAAGGUUUUACCAUUUAGUAAACAUUUUAGUUUAGUCUGUGUUCUCGGCCGUGAUCGCGCGCGUCGCGCUCUCAACGAAAGUUAGCGGGAAAUUUGAUAGAAAUAUACGUUUAGUCAGGUAAAUAAAAUUAUCGUGUUAGAUUUGAGUGACACAUUGAUAACUAACAUUUUUAGUAUCGGUUAUGAUUUAUUUGGGGACUGUGUUCUAAAUAAAGUGUUAGUGCCAUUUGGAUUGAUUGAUUUAUUAUUCACAAACAAUAAUUAUACGUAAAUCGAGAAAUAUUAAGAAAGUAAGCGAAGUCGGGCGUCAAUGGGAAUCUUGUAAGAUGAGCGUCAUCGUUACCACACCGUGCGAGCGUGACGGUCGUUCUUGAAAAAGGCAAGAUGCAUUUACAAAUUGAAGUUAUACUUCAAGCAGCUAUAUUACUCCUGAUAUGGAUAGAUUCACCAAUUGCCUAUGGCCAGGAGACCUACGACACAACGUACUGCCCAAUCGGAUAUUCAAUUUUCUUCACAAAAAGUAAAAAUACCCCAUAUUGUUUUCGACGGAAAGGACCAGAAACAUUCGCAGACAAAUACAAAGAUUGUGCCGGAAAUUUGUACACUUCCAAAUUGUAUAAUGAAAUGAAUAUUACGAAACCAGAUUAUGUGAUAUGGACGGAGUACAAAUCUAUGCAUCCAGGGGGACUCUUCGUCGACUGGUCUAACACGAAAACUAUCGGAGACAAAUUCGACGCCGUCUAUGAUGUCACAAUCGAUCCUACAUUAGAUUUAGAAGAAGAGUUAUGCCUAGUUAUUGACCCAGUUAGCAAUUAUACUGCAGUGAAGUGCAACGAACAGCAAUAUAGUUUCUGCGUUAUUAAAGCUUAUGAUUAUAAAGAUAAUACUAAGGGCGAAGGUUGUGAAGGCUUAAAGGAUUCUUUGAGGUUUUGGAGUCCAGAGUCCACAUGCUUGUCGGCCUUGACUGGGGUUGGGGGUGGUGCAGUUCGAGCGACAUGGAACCAGGCCCAGGAUCUUUGUACGAAGAAAGGAGGUUCACUACUGAAUCGUGGUUGGAGACUCUCCAAUUACCCAAUGUUUCGAAAUUCAGGAAUAAAUUAUACAUAUCCGUUGGGUAUUGUAAUGAGCUCCGAUUAUUCCCUGUUGAGAUAUGAUGCGACAAAUGAUCAUAGUGAGAUACCAUUAGGUGAAUGGAAUUUUCAAAAUUUCUUUUACUACAAUGACACUUUGUUUGGAUCUCUUCAUAAUGAUAUUUGGAACCUCGUAAAUAGUUCUUAUAUUUUCUAUGAUGUCAUUUGUGAACACUCUGUUCCUUUAGAAGACUUAACUUUGGAUGUUGCCAUUGAUUUGGAAAACAAAUUGACAUUGAUAACUAACGAUACAUUGAGCGGUGAUGAUAUAUACUGUUUUACUGAUUCGGUAAACCGAUAUCCAGUAAAGAUUAACAAGAAACGUGUCGACGAAACGAAUGAGUUCAUCUUAAAACCAAAAGAUGACGGGUACUAUUGGUGUACUCAUAUUAAUACCAAAAAAUAUACAGUUAAGGAAUCAAAAAAGGUUUUAUUCGUUAGAGAAAAACAGUCACUUAUUAAUGUAUACGCCAUAAAGUUAAAGAAUAAUAAGCUGUACAAAUUGGACGAUUUGCCAAAACUUUUCAAAGUGUGGGAGGCGAAGUUGAAGGAGUACAUAUUUUAUAGAACAAAAUAUAUUAACGUUUAUGGCGAAAUAAAUUCCAAUAUAACGGAAGAUGUUUUGAAAAGUUUUAAAAAUUCAGUAUUUGUUCAAAACGAGAAAACUGUGAUUCUUAAGAUGAAGCUAAAAAGAUUGUAUAUGGAUAGGCGAACGGUUCUGGUGCACGUUGAGUUGAGUCCUGACAUGAAGCCGGUUACACCAGGGUUUUGGGAUCAAAUGGAGAUUUUAUCGAUGAAGCCAGUUUUUUACUGUAAAGGAUUUGAUACGAUUCCUCAAAUGGCGCUUGGAGAAUCAUUCGACACUGCUGCGUGUCGAACUCACACGUGCGUCGGAAAUUUCAACGAAGGCGUCCAAUGGGUGACCACUGCAAAAGCCAACUGUACCACGUACGUUGGUAUCGACAAGACUUUUAGAAUGCAAGACGAUGGCAUAGCCAUCGUUAUGCCUUCUGUGGUCCCAUCAUCGACGACAAUAUCUCUACCAAUACUAGACGACAGUGAUAGUUCUGAAGAAAUAUACGAAUCAAUAACAGAUGAUAUCAUUAAAACAUCUACAACACUAGCAGAUUAUCGAAGUAAUGUAACGAGUGAAACAGAAACAGACGAACCAACUACAACCAAUGCAACAAUAAGCACUACUGAUAUAACUGUAGAUAGUACUACAGACAGUGUUGGUCUAACGUCUGAUAAAGAUAAACCGUGUACAGAAACCACUACAUCCCCACCAUCUUCUACAUCUUCUACUCCCAUUGUAAGACCGCCGGAAGAGCAACUGGAGCAAGUUCUUCAAGACCUGGAUAGGUUGGUGAACAAUGGCAGUACCCCCGUGAUGGUUGAGGACAUCGACGACGUAUUCAAUCAGGUGGACGACAUCCUACAAGUUCACGAUACCCUGGAAAUUCCAGGACAAUUGCUGCAUCUGCUGGAUCGACUCGGUUCCGCCAUAGAACUGAACGGCUCAAGAAGUGCAGCCGCCGUUAGAGGAAACAUUGCAUUGUUGAUGGCAGAUGCCAAUCCUGGUCAUCCUGUCAGGGGUUUGAAGAUAGCAAACAGAGAUACUGAUGUCUUUACGGAUGACGCUUUUGAGAUCAUUUCAACUGUACCAAACUCAACAGUCCUGGACUCGGAGAACAACGAGGUAGUAGUCCAUCUCCCGCAGUCCGUGUCAGAAACGUCUCAUCGCAUUAGCUUCGUCGUAUUCAGAAACGACCGAGCCUUCCAGCCUAACGAGGGACUGUACUCCGUCAACAGUAGGGUCCUGAGCAUCAAGGUCGGGGAGGUCACACAGUUCGAGAACGGGGAGGUAAUUGACAUCCAUCUUAGCCCUUUGACAGUAGAUCCGAUCCGUAAUCAGAGUCGAACUUGUGCUUACUGGGAAUUCCUCAAUAAUGGAUCCGGUUACUGGUCGCAAGAAGGUUGCACUCUUAUCCGCGCCACGCAACCAGGUAUGUUGGAUACUUGCAGAUGUACCCAUCUCACUCACUUCGCCGAGGUGCUUUUCCCUCGAAGUGUCUUCUCUCAAAAGGAUGAGGACAUCCUGGAACUUCUCACGAUCAUCGGUUGCUGCCUUUCCCUAUUCGGAUUAAUAUUUGUGGGAGUGACAGCCGCCAUCUUCAGGUCUUGGAGGAGGGACUUCAACAACAAGAUCUGGCUGCAACUCUGCAUAGCUAUUUUUAUGGUAGCACUAAGUUUCUUAAUAGUAAUUUUCGCGAAAUUCGAUCAAUGCAAUGUAUUUUGUAUGCUCACCGGUAUUGUUUUGCAUUAUUCCGUACUCGCCUCAUUCUGCUGGAUGUUGGUUGCGGCUGUCCUAUCAUACAGGAGAUUGGUUCUUGUCUUUACUAGAGACGCUUCGCACAAGUUGCUAAGAGCGUCCGCGUUUUCUUGGGGAGCUCCCUGCGCGGUCAUUGGCGUUCUUCUCUCAAUCAACCCUCAGUCAUACGCGGGUCCAUUCGAAGAGAAGACACCCAGUACAUCCUUUUGUUACCCUUCCGGUCUCGGUCUCUGGCUAGCGGUGUACGCACCGAUAGCUCUCAUCUUGCUAGUGAACUGGACGCUAUUCUUUCUAAUAGUACGUUCCGUGUUCGCAUCCAGAGGUAUUCAAAGGCACGGGGAUACGAACGAAGCGUUGCGAUGCGCUUCCGUCAGCUGCUUGUUAGUUUUCUUAUUCGGUUUGCCUUGGAUUUUUGGUCUCUUCGCUUAUAAUGUCGUCGCUGCUUACUUUUUCACGUUGACAGCGACAUAUCAAGGUUUGAUGCUGUUCCUGUUCUUCGUCCUCGGUAAUAAGAAGACUAGGGAUUUGUGGUUGAAUAAGCUUAAGAUCAAGCAGACGCGUAAGGUACCAGUUACGUCAUCGACUUAUUCUAAUAGGAGUACCGGUUGGAGGGGGGGUACUCAGGGCAUGAACUUCGAAGCUAAAGCGUCAAAGCCCAAGUCUCUUGCGCAGGAUGACUCUAGAUUCUCUUGACACAAACUAAAGAAGAGAUCUCCUUGAAAACGAGUUUAACGCUACUUAGACGACUUGAUUUUGUCGAUUAAAACACUUUUAAAAUUUUUUCUUGAAUACUUUUUCUUUCUC